GUGAGAAUUAAUUAAUAAUAGCUACCUCAUUUUUUCCUUAUCUCCCUUAAGCAUUUUACUGUUGAUUGAAAUGCUUCCAUCACGAUUAUAGUAAAAGAAAAGAGAAUAUUCUCAGUGUUUGUGAAGUUAUUGACGUGGAUUUGAAGAUUUGAUAAAAAAAAAAGUAAUUUACAAAGAAGUUCUACAUUUUAUUGAAGUGAGAAAAUUCACAUAAGAGCACUUAAGGAUUAACGAAAUUAUUACUAGUUUACAUAAGAAAAUUGCCAAGGAAGAAGCCAUGAAGCGUCUCUCGGCAGCCAUACGCCUUUGUUGGCUAGCCGCUGUAAUUUCACAAAUUUAUGCGGAGGAACUAUUUUCCUGUCCUCACGGCUGGGAAUAUCAAGGAUUAAAUUGUUACAAGUAUUUUAAUAUUAAACAUUCAUGGGAGAAAGCAGCUGAAAUUUGUCGAAGAUAUGGUGCUGAACUAGUUGCCAUUGAUUCGUAUGCAGAAAACAAUGUGACAUUGAAUGUAGCGUCAAUAGCAGAGGCAAGUCGACGAACAUCGGAUAAAUAUUGGCUUGGUUUAGCCUCAUUAGACGAUUUGAGAACAAAUACAUUAGAGUCAGCAUCGGGUACUUUGGUAUCACAAUAUUCUGGAUUUUGGUCAUUAAAUCAGCCAGAUCCAACGGCUGGAGAAUGUGUUGCAGUAUCCAGCAGUAGUGCCAUUCAAUCAUGGGAACUUGGAACUUGUGAAAGUUUAUUGCCAUUUAUGUGCAAAUCAUCAGCAUGUCCAUCAAAUUCAAUACAUUGUUCAAAUGGAAAAUGUGUUAACCAAAAAUUCAAAUGCGACGGAUCCGAUGAUUGUGGAGACGGAAGUGAUGAACUCGAUUGUCCACAAACAUGUCAAUUCCAUAUGCAGUCCGGUGGUGAUGUUAUUGAAUCACCAAAUUUCCCACACAAAUAUGGUGCUUUGUCAAAAUGCAAAUGGACACUUGAAGGUCCACAAGGAAGUAACAUAAUCCUUCAAUUCCAAGAAUUUGAUACUGAGAAAACUUUUGAUACCGUUCAAAUUCUCGUCGGUGGACGUACAGAAGAGAAAUCGGUCUCAUUAGCAACGAUUUCUGGCAAGCAACCUGAUCUUUCAAACAAGCCAUUCGUAACAGCAUCAAAUUUCAUGAUUGUCAAAUUCACAUCUGAUGGAAGUGUAGAAAGAAAAGGUUUCCGUGCAACGUGGAAGACUGAACCACAAAAUUGUGGUGGAACUUUGAGAGCAACAGCACAAGGACAAAUUUUAACAAGUCCUGGUUAUCCAAAGAAUUAUGCAGGUGGAUUAGAAUGUCUUUAUAUCAUCGAAGCUCAACCUGGAAAGAUUAUUUCAUUAGAAAUGCAAGAUAUCGAAGUAAAUUAUGAACGAGAUUACUUGUUGGUACGAGAUGGAAGUUCACCAAUGAGUAAACCAAUUGCAAAAUUAACUGGAAAUACUAAAGAUAAUGUUCGUGUAGUUAUGUCGACCGGUAAUAAGCUGUAUAUUUACUUCAAAUCAAGUCUUGGAGAUUCUAAGAAGGGAUUUAGCAUUAGAUAUACGCAAGGCUGCAAAGCAACAAUUAAUGCAAGAAAUGGAACUGUUAGUUCACCAGCAUUUGGACUUGAUGACUAUCCAAAUAAUCAAGAAUGUAUGUUCAAGAUUCAGAACCCUGCUGGCGGUCCAUUAUCUUUGAGAUUUGAUGAUUUUAAAAUUCACUCAAGUGACUUUGUCCAAAUUUAUGAUGGCUCAACAACAAACGGUUUAAGACUUCAUUCUGGUAAUGGAUUUAGUGGCAUGCAAGUACCAAAAUUAACGUUGACAGCUUCAUCCGGUGAAAUGCUUAUAAAGUUUACAUCAGACGCAUUACACAGCAAUCGUGGAUGGUCAGCAACAUUUUCUGCAGACUGCCCAGAUCUCAGGCCAGGAAGUGGCGCAUUAGCAUCAAAUAGAGAUACAGCUUUCGGUACAAAUGUUCAAUUUACAUGCCCCAUUGGACAAGAAUUCGCUACUGGCAAAAGUAAAAUUUCUACCGUUUGUCAAAAAGGCGGAGUGUGGAGCUUAGAUUAUAUUCCAAAAUGUCAAGUGGUUUAUUGUGGACCAGUUCCACAGAUUGAUAACGGAUUUUCGAUUGGAUCAACGAAUGUAACAUUCCGCGGUGUAGCUAUGUAUCAAUGUUAUGCUGGCUUUGCUUUCCCAACUGGAAAUGCUAUCGAAAAAAUCUCAUGCUUAGCUGAUGGCAAAUGGGAGAGAACGCCUUCAUGUUUAGCCUCGCAAUGUCCACCAUUGCCUGAAGUGCCUCAUGCUAAUGCAACUUUAUUAAAUGGCGGUGGACGAAGUUAUGGAACAAUUGUAAGAUUCGAAUGCGAGCCAGGUUAUGAAAGACACGGAGUUCCAGUAUUAAUUUGUAUGUCAAAUGGCACAUGGAGUAGCGAUAUUCCAACAUGCACAAGAAAACGAUGCUAUACAUUCCCAGAAGUAAAGAAUGGAUUUGUUGUUGAUACAGCACGUGAAUAUUUCUAUGGCGAUGAGCUUAGAGUUCAAUGUUACAAGGGAUUUAAAUUGAAUGGAACUAAUAUCAUUAAAUGCGAUGGUGAUCAAUCUUUCCAUAACCCACCCACAUGUGACGAUAUUAAUGAGUGUCUUACUACACAAUGUGAUCUAGCAUCUACGGAAUGCAUUAACACACCCGGCUCAUUUUAUUGUCAAUGCAAAAAAGGCUUUUCCUCAACGAAUGAAUGUAGGCCAGUUAACGACUUAGGUUUAUCUACAAAUGGUAUUGCAGAUGACAGUAUCAUAGUUUCAUCAACAGAAGAAGGUUACAACAAGAAUAUGAUUCGUAUGAAUUCAGGUGGAUGGUGUGGAGCAUCUCAGGAACCUGGUCAAAAUUGGGUUUUGAUUGACUUUAAAGCAUCAACAUUGAUUAAGGGCUUCCGAACAAUGCAAGUACAGAGAUCUGAUGGAACAACCGCUUUUACAUCCGCCAUUCGUUUACAAUACUCUGACGACUUAACAGAUGUUUUUAAAGACUAUGCUAAUCCCGAUGGAACAGCCGUUGAGUUUAGAAUUUUGGAGCCAACACUUUCAAUUCUUAAUCUCCCGUUACCAAUUGAAGCUCGUUAUCUUCGUUUUAAAAUCCAAGAUUAUUCCAAUUAUCCAUGCUUAAAAUUGGAAGUUAUGGGCUGUUCUCGAUUAGAAUGUGUAGAUAAUAAUGAAUGUGCAAAGGAGAACGGAGGUUGCGAUCAAAAAUGUGUCAAUUCACCGGGUAGCUAUUCAUGUUCAUGUACAACAGGCUAUCAAUUAUAUACACAGAAUGGAACUGCUGGUUUCUUUGUUGAAAAGACAGAAACAGGCUCAAAAGACGGUGACACAUAUCAAGUGAACAAAACUUGUGUACCGGUGCAAUGUCCAAAUUUGGACGCACCCGAAAAUGGACAAUUGCUAACUAGUAAGCUUCAACACAAUUUUGGCGAUUUAGUACGUUUCAGUUGCAAUUUUGGAUACAUAAUGUCGGGAAGUUCGUCAUUGGUUUGUAUGUCAAACGGAAAAUGGAAUGCAACUGUGCCUGAGUGCAUGUACGCAAAGUGUGUUUCUCUUCCGGAUGACAAAAAUGAAGGAUUAACAGUCUUACGAUCAGAUCAAGAAAGUAUUUUGGUGCCAUUUAAAGAAAAUGUUACAAUCGCUUGCAAUACGCCAGGAAGAACUUUAAGAAAUACAGCCUCGUCAUCAUUCAGACAGUGUGUAUAUGAUCCAAAGGCUGGAUUACCUGAUUAUUGGCUUUCUGGUUUACCACCAAAUUGUCCACGUGUUGAUUGUGGUUUACCAAUGAAUACUCCCGGUGCUGAAUAUGGACAAUAUGUUGAUACUAAACAUCAAAGCUCAUUCUUCUUUGGAUGUCAAAAUACAUUCAAGCUUGCUGGUCAGACAUCACGUAAUGAUAAUGUUGUAAGAUGUCAAUCUGAUGGAGUUUGGGACUUUGGUGAUUUAAGAUGUGAAGGUCCAGUUUGUGAAGAUCCAGGCAGACCAAGUGAUGGCUUCCAAUUAGCAAAGAGUUAUGAACAAGGAUCAGAAGUUACAUUCGGAUGUGCACGACCUGGUUAUAUCUUAAUUAAUCCUCGUCCAAUUACAUGUAUUCGUCAACCAGAAUGUAAAGUAAUUCGUCCAUUAGGACUUAGUUCAGGUAAAAUCCCUGACAGUGCAAUCAAUGCAACAUCUGAACGACCAAACUAUGAAGCACGUAAUAUUCGUCUUAAUUCAGUAACCGGAUGGUGUGGAAAACAGGAAGCCUUUACAUACGUGAGCGUUGACAUGGGUAAAACUUAUCGUGUGAAGGCAAUAUUGGUGAAAGGUGUAGUAACAAGUGAUAUUGUUGGACGUCCAACUGAAAUUCGAUUCUUCUACAAGAAAUCUGAAAGUGAUAAUUAUGUCGUCUACUUCCCCAACUUUAAUCUAACCAUGCGUGAUCCUGGAAAUUAUGGUGAAUUGGCAAUGAUAACUUUACCAAAAUAUGUUGAGGCACGAUUUGUUAUUCUCGGAAUUGUAUCAUACAUGGAUAAUGCAUGUUUGAAAUUUGAAUUAAUGGGAUGUGAUGUACCUGAGAAAGAGCCAACAUUAGGUUAUGAUUAUGGAUACUCACCAUGUGUCGAUAAUGAGCCACCAAUUUUCCAAAACUGCCCACAACAACCGAUUGUGGUUAAACGUGAUGAAAAUGGCGCAGUCAUGGCAGUAAAUUUCACAGAACCAACCGCAAUCGAUAAUUCUGGCUCUAUCGCUCGCUUAGAAGUUAAACCGCCAAGUUUCAGAACACCAUCAUACAUCUUCCAAGACACCGUUAUUAAAUACGUUGCCUUCGAUCAUGACGGUAAUGUUGCAAUUUGUGAAAUUAAUAUUACUGUGCCUGAUGUCACUCCUCCACUAUUGAGUUGUCCCCAAAGUUAUGUCAUUGAGUUGGUUGAGAGACAAAACAUAUAUCUUGUGAAUUUUAAUGAGACACGAAAGCAAAUCAAGACAUCUGAUAAUUCAGGAGAAGUUCAUCUAACGUUCAUUCCAGAGAAAGCUAAUAUCGCAAUUGGUAUGUUUGAGAAUGUAACGGUUAUGGCAACAGAUAAAUUUGGCAAUAAGGCAAUGUGCAACUUCCAAGUUUCUGUUCAACCAACGCCUUGUGUCGAUUGGGAAUUACAGCCGCCUGCCAAUGGACAAAUUAAUUGCUUAAAGAAUAAGAAGAAUGGAGUAGAUUGUAUUGCAACAUGUAAGACUGGAUUUAGAUUUACUGAUGGCGAGGCAAUCAAGUCGUUUGGAUGUGAGGCUCAACGUUUAUGGAAACCAACUUCUGUUGUACCGGAUUGUGUUUCUGAAAAUACACAGCAAGCUGAUUAUCAUGUUACUACAUCUAUUAAUUAUCGUGCAAAUGGUGCUGUACCUUCUUCAUGCUUAUCACAAUAUCAGGAUUUAUUAUCACAAUACUAUCCAAACUUGAACCGUUUGUUAUCUGAGAGAUGUUCAGCUGUUAUUCCAAAUACAAAUGUUUCAUUCAUCAAGGCUGUUCCACAACUUGUCGAUGAAAAUGUAGUCAACAUUGACUUUGUACUGGUUAUUAUCCCGGCUGUCAAGCAAUUGCAAUUAUUUGAUUUAUGUGGCUCAUCACUUCAACUUAUCUUUGACUUGAGUGUUCCAUCAGCAAGUGCUGUAAUUGAACCAUUAGUGACUGUAUCAAGUAUUGGAAAUCAAUGUCCACCAUUAAAGGCUUUGAAGAGUAGUACGAUUCGCGGAUUUAAAUGUAGUGUUGGUGAAGUAUUGAAUAUGGAUUCAACUGAUGUUCCACGCUGUCUUCAUUGCCCAGCAGGAACAUAUGCUGGUGAAAAUCAAAAUUCAUGUACAUAUUGUGCUCGAGGCUUCUAUCAAAAUCGUGAUCGUCAAGGACAGUGCAUUAAAUGUCCAGCAGGCACAUAUACUAAAGAGGAAGGAUCUAAAGCAGUUCAAGCUUGUGUCCCAGUUUGCGGUUAUGGAACUUAUUCACCAACUGGUUUAGUUCCUUGCUUAGAAUGUCCAAGAAAUUCAUAUACAGCUGAACCUCCAACGGGAGGUUACAAAGAUUGUCAAGCAUGUCCAUCAAAUACUUAUACAUUCCAACCAUCAGCACCAGGCAAACAUAAGUGUAGAUCAAAAUGCGCUCCAGGAACUUAUUCAUCAACUGGACUAGCUCCAUGCUCACCAUGUCCACAAAACUUCUUCCAAAAUAUGCCAGGAAUGAUGUCAUGUACUGAAUGUCCAACAAAUAUGAAAACUGACAAUGCUGGUGCCACAGGUCGUGAAGAAUGUAAAGCAGUAACAUGCGGAGAGAAUGCAUGUCAAAAUGGUGGUCUUUGCGUUCCAAUGGGACAUAAUAUUCAAUGUUUCUGUCCAGCUGGAUUCUCAGGACGUUAUUGUGAAAUUGAUAUUGACGAAUGUGCUUCUCAGCCUUGUUACAAUGGCGGUGUCUGCAAAGAUUCUCCACAAGGAUAUAAAUGCGAAUGUGCUCCAGGAUAUACUGGAAUCAAUUGUCAAGAAGAAAAGUCAGAAUGUAAGGAAGAUUCAUGUCCAGCUCGUGCAAUGUGUAAGGAUGAACCAGGCUUAAGUAAUAUCACAUGUCUAUGCCGAAGUGGAUAUACUGGCGAAAAUUGUGACGUAACAAUUGAUCCAUGUACAGCAAAUGGAAAUCCAUGUGGAAACGGAGCAUCAUGUACAGCAUUAAAACAAGGAAGAUUCAAGUGUGAUUGUUUGCCUGGAUGGGAAGGUCAAACUUGUGAAAUUAACACGAAUGAUUGUGCUGAAAAUCCAUGUUUAUUGGGUGCUAAUUGUACAGACUUAGUCAAUGACUUUAGAUGCGACUGUCCAGCUGGAUUUACAGGCAAGCGUUGUCAAGAAAAGAUUGAUUUAUGCUUAUCUGAGCCUUGCAAGCAUGGAACUUGUGUCGAUCGUCUGUAUAAUCAUGAAUGUGUUUGCCAUCCAGGAUGGACUGGUUCUUCAUGUGAUAUCAACAUUAACGACUGCUCAAUUGAGCCAUGUGAAAACGAUGGAGUUUGUAUUGAUAUGGUAGAUGGAUAUCAAUGUAAUUGCGAAGCAGGAUAUACAGGCAAGAAUUGUCAACAUUCUAUUGAUGAUUGUGAAAGCAAUCCAUGUCAAAACGGUGCUACAUGUGUUGAUCAACUUGAAGGCUUUACAUGCAAAUGUAGACCUGGAUUUGUUGGACUUCAAUGUGAAGCUGAAAUCGAUGAAUGUUUGAAUGAUCCAUGUAAUCCAACUGGUACCGAAAGAUGUUUAGAUUUAGACAACAAAUAUUCAUGUGUCUGCCGUGAAGGCUAUACUGGUGAAAUUUGUGAUGUCGAUAUUGAUGACUGUGAAUCUUCACCUUGUAUUAACGGUGGUGUGUGCUCAGAUCGUGUUGGAUCAUAUGAAUGUACUUGUCCAAAUGGAUGGGCUGGAAAGAGAUGUGAACAAGAAGUUGCAAUGUGCUCAAUUCAGCAACCAUGUCUAAAUGAUGCUACAUGCAUCGACUUGUUCCAAGAUUACUUCUGUGUAUGUGAGAAAGGCCUUGACGGAAAGAACUGUGAAGUAGCACCUGAACGCUGUAUUGGAAAUCCAUGCAUGCAUAAUGGAAAGUGUCGUGACUUUGGAUCUGGUCUCAAUUGCUCAUGUCCUGAAGAUUUUACUGGUGUUGGAUGUCAAUAUGAAUUUGAUGCUUGUGAGCAUAACAUCUGUCAAAAUGGCGCUACAUGCAUCGAUAAUGGACCAUCUUAUACAUGCCAAUGUCCACCAGGAUAUCAAGGAAAGAACUGCGAAGAAGAUAUUGUUGAUUGUAAGGAUAACUCAUGUCCACCAGGAGCUACAUGCAUUGAUUUGAAUCAAGGUUAUUUCUGUCAAUGCUCAUUCAACUUAACUGGUGAUGACUGCCGAAAAACAAUCCAAGUUGAUUAUGACCUUUACUUUAGUGAUGCAACAAGAUCAACAGCCGCACAGGUUAUUCCAUUCCCAACAAGUGAAAGUGAUAGCCUUACUGUAGCUAUGUGGGUGCAAUUUGCACAGAAAGAUGAUUCAGGAAUUUACUUUACAUUAUAUGAAGUCGCUUCAUCACAUGUUGCUUCUCAACGACGUCUUAUGCUUCAAGCUCAUUCGAGUGGCAUUCAAGUAUCAUUCUUCCCAGACAUCCAAGAUGCCUUCUUAUCAUUCAGAGAAUAUGCAACACUUAAUGACGGACAGUGGCAUCAUGUUGCUGUAGUUUGGAACGGAAAGAAUGGUCAAUUACAAUUAAUUACUGAAGGAUUGAUUGCUAGCAAAGUUGAAUACGGAAUAGGAAGAACUCUACCAAAAUAUGCAUGGGCUGUAUUGGGAGUUCCACAACCAGAGGAUGGAAGUCAAGGACCAUCACUUGCUUAUACGGAAGCUGGAUUCCAAGGUCGUAUUACAAAGGCACAAAUCUGGGGACGAGCUUUAGACACAAUUUCAGAAAUUCAGAAACAAGUACGCGAUUGCAGAAGUGAACCUGUAUUGUACAGAGGAUUAAUAUUGAACUGGGCUGGAUAUGAAGUCACAUCAGGUGGUGUUGAACGAUCAGUUCCAUCAUCAUGUGGAACAAGAAAAUGUGCAGCUGGAUAUUCAGGACAACAAUGUCAGCAAUUAGAUCUUGAUAAGGAACCACCAAGAGUUGAAUAUUGUCCAGGAGAUUUAUGGAUUAUUGCAAGAAAUGGAUCAGCACUUGUCAAUUGGGAUGAGCCACACUUUAGUGAUAAUGUUGGAGUUACAAAGAUUGUUGAAAAGAAUGGACAUCGAUCAGGUCAAACACUUUUGUGGGGAGUAUAUGACAUCACAUAUAUUGCAGCUGAUGGUGCAGGAAAUACAGCUACAUGUAGCUUCAAAGUUUCACUUCUAUCAGAAUUCUGUCCACCAUUAGCAGAUCCAUUAGGAGGUUCUCAAAGCUGUAAAGAUUGGGGCGCAGGUGGACAAUUCAAAGUUUGUGAAAUUACAUGCCAGAGUGGCCUGAGAUUCUCAGAACCAGUUCCAGAAUUCUAUACAUGCGGGGCUGAAGGUUUUUGGAGACCAACAAGUGACCCAACUAAGCCAUUGAUCUAUCCAUCAUGUUCACCAUCCAAGCCAGCACAGCGCGUCUUCAGAAUCCAAAUGCUGUUCCCAUCAGAUGUCUUAUGUAAUGAGGCAGGACAAGGUGUAUUGAGACAAAAAGUAAAGAAUUCAGUAAAUUCAUUGAACAGAGAUUGGAACUUCUGUUCACAUUCAACUGAAGGCUCAAGAGAGUGCAAGGAGAUCCAAAUUAAUGUUAAAUGCGAUCAUUAUCGUGGCACUAACCGCAUUAAACGUCAAUCGAACAAUAAUGAUGGCAUUGGUGUUUACAAUUUAGAGGCAUUAAUUCCAGUCGAACGAACAAGUGAUGCCUCAGACAGUAGAAGUCGUAUUGGACGUCAACAACAGAACGGUGACACCUACUUGCUGGAAAUUACAUUCCCAGCUGUCAAUGAUCCAAUUAUUCAUUCAUCAUCUGGAGAACGUUCAUCGGUGAAGGAAUUACUUCAAAAAUUGAUUCUUGAGGAUGAACAGUUUGCUGUUGAGGAUAUCUUACCAAAUACCGUGCCAGAUCCAGCAUCAUUAGAUUUAACAUCGGAAUAUGCAUGUCCAGCUGGUCAAGUUGUAAUGAUUCCAGAUUGUGUGCCAUGUGCUGUCGGUUCUCACUAUGAAGCUACUAAUAAGACUUGUGUUCAUUGUCCAAGAGGAACUUAUCAAUCAGAAACAGGUCAAACACAGUGCAUUAAAUGUCCAAAUAUUGCUGGACGUCCAGGAGUAACAAUAAGCACGGGAGCACGUUCUGCAAGUGAUUGUAAGGAACGUUGUCCACCAGGAAAAUACUUUGAUGCUGAAACUGGAUUCUGUCGCUCUUGCGGAUAUGGAUUCUUCCAACCAAAUGAAGGUUCAUUCACAUGUGACCUUUGUGGACUUGGACAGACAACGAGAUCAACAGAAGCUAAGUCACGGUCUGAGUGUCGUGAUGAAUGUACAUCGGGAAUGCAAUUAGGAAUUGAUGGAAAAUGUGAGCCAUGUCCACGAGGUACUUAUCGUGCUCAGGGAGUUCAACCAGCAUGUCAAGCAUGUCCAUUAGGACGAACUACACCUAAAGUCGGUUCAUCUGCCAUUGAAGAAUGCUCACUUCCAGUCUGUACGCCUGGAACUUACCUUAAUGCCACUAUAAAUGUCUGUAUUGAAUGCCGUAAAGGCUAUUAUCAACCAGAAUCACAACAAACAUCAUGUAUACCAUGUCCAGUUAAUCACAGCACCAAAAACACUGCCGCCACAUCAAAGGCUGAAUGUACAAAUCCAUGUGAAACUCUUACAGAAGGUCAUCAACAUUGUGAUGCCAAUGCAUAUUGUAUUCUUGUUCCUGAAACAUCUGAUUUCAAGUGCGAAUGCAAGCCAGGUUUUAACGGAACUGGCACUCAGUGUACAGAUAUGUGCGAUGGCUUCUGUGAAAACUCAGGUCAAUGUGUCAAAGAUAUUAAAGGAAGUCCAUCAUGUAGAUGUAAAGGAUCAUUUACAGGUCCAAAAUGCGCAGAGCGAUCAGAAUUCGCAUAUAUUGCAGGUGGAAUUGCCGCCACAGUUAUAUUUGUUAUUUUCAUCGUCCUACUUAUAUGGAUGAUUUGUGCACGUGCCAGUAGACGAAAAGAUCCAAAGAAAAUGCUUUCACCAGCAAUCGAUCAAACAGGAUCGCAAGUGAACUUCUAUUAUGGAGCACAUACGCCAUAUGCUGAGAGUAUAGCACCAUCACAUCACAGCACUUAUGCUCAUUACUAUGAUGAUGAAGAAGAUGGCUGGGAGAUGCCAAAUUUUUAUAAUGAAGGAUACAUGAAGGAGGGUUUACAUAGUAAUGGUAAACUUAACUCACUAGCUAGAUCAAAUGCAUCACUUUAUGGUAACAAAGAUGAUCUCUAUGAUCGAUUGAAACGACAUGCCUAUACUGGAAAGAAAGGUAAAAGCCAAAUGAAGAAGAGCGAUAGUGACAGUGAGGGACAAUAGGAUUAGAUUUGAGAGAAGACUAAAACGGUAUUAAUUUAAUUCAUCAAAAAAACAAAUUCACAUACGCACAAAUUAAGCUCCAAGUAGUAAAUUAAAUUAAUUUAAAUCUGGUCAAUGUGUGCAUAAACUUUAUAUCCUGAAUUUUUCGCAAUUUGAUACUUAAAAUGAUGUGUCUGUGUCAUCUCAUACGAUUUAUAUUUAACGGAUUUUUUGAAAAUUAUGAACCAAUUUCAGGUCAUAUAUAAUAAUUAAUGAAGCCAACUUCAGGUUUGAGAAAAAAAAAUCUUUGUUUAGUUCAGUGUUGCAUUCUGGCGAUUUGUCUGGAUCAGAUAAAUUCUGAGACAGAAAUUUCUUCAUAAAGAUCGAUUCUACAUGAAGAUAGAAAAUCUAAUCUACACAAAGAUUAUUUCUACAUAAAGAU